AUGGCGACGGCCUUACGAUCCCACACGCCCGAUGCAUAUGGCGCCUUGCCACAGCCCGCCGAUUCCACCUUCCCCCACCGAGGCUAUGCUCCCCGCUUAUCCUCCCGACCCAACUCUUUUGUCGCCACCACCUCCGCAUACAACGUCGCACAUAACGGUAUGGGCGAACCCAGCUCCGGUCGGUUUCACAGGGAUAUGGAUGUUGCGAGCCACCGCGCUUCCCUCGCGUUCGACACACCCCCCUCGGCUCUCCAACGGUCCGCGUCGCAUAUGUCGCAGCCGCAGCCGCAAUCCCGAUCCGCGACCCCGACCCGAUCCACCACCCUGAAGAAGAAAUCCUCCCUCAGCAAGAAGGGCAGUAUUCGUCGCAGCGGGAGUCGGAAGAGCAUGCGCGCAGGGAGUGUCCGGAGUCUGGUCUUGGGCGAUAAGGAAAAGUAUCACUCCGAGGGCGCCGAGGACCAGAACAGCGCAUUCUUCAUCCCCAUCCCCACGAGUGGGAGUCCGACUGAGGUGUUGGCCAAUCGCUUUCAAGCAUGGCGCAAGAUCCUCAAGGACCUCAUCCUCUUCUUCAAGGAGCUCCAGAAAUCCUACGAAACCCGAUCCAAGCUCUUCCUCUCGGCGUCCAACAUCCUCAACAGCGCCGCGCUCCCUCCCUCGUUCCUCGACUCCGGCGGCCUCGCCGAUGCGACCGACAUCCUGCGAGACUUUCACCGCCAGGGCUACAUGGAAGCGAACAAGGCCGCCGAGGUUGAAAACGAGGUGGUCAACCAGCUCAUGGGUCUGCGAAAUGACCUACAGAAGAAGACCAAGGAGAUCCGCGGUCUCUCGGGCGAUUUCCGGAAUUCGGUAGACAAGGAGGUGGAUGCGACGCGCAAGACGGUGCGACACCUGCACGAGUCCCUAGGUCUGGUGGACACCGACCCGGCCGCAACCUCGGGGAAGGGGGAUCCGUUUAUCGUCCGCUUGGGUGUGGAGAAGCAGAUUGAGAGGCAGAUCGAGGAGGAGAACUACCUGCAUCGGGCGUUUUUGAAUCUAGAAAACUCGGGACGAGAGUUGGAAUCGAUCGUGGUCGGCGAAAUCCAAAAGGCCUACAACGCGUAUGCCAGCAUUCUCAAGCGUGAAGCCGACGAGGCCUACGAUACCGCGGAGAAGCUGCACUCGGGGCCGAUUUCCAUGCCUCACGAUCACGAGUGGAACUGGUUCAUCUCGAACACGGACGAACUCGUCGAUCCGCGAGUGCCUCUGCGAGAUGUGGAGAACAUCUCCUACCCGGGCAAAGAUCAUCCCGCCGCCGUUGAAGUGCGGUCAGGCAUGCUGGAGCGGAAAAGCAAGUACCUCAAAAGCUAUACGCCUGGCUGGUAUGUCCUAUCGCCGACCCAUCUCCACGAAUUCAAAUCCGCCGAUCGCGUAGCAUGGCAGACCCCGGUGAUGUCAUUAUACCUCCCCGAGCAAAAGCUGGGAUCACACUCCCAACUCGACUCAACAUCGCACAAAUUCAUGCUGAAAGGACGACAAACGGGCACGAUGCACCGCGGCCACUCGUGGGUAUUCCGCGCCGAGUCGCACGACACCAUGAUGGCGUGGUACGAGGACAUUGAAAGCCUGAUCUCCAAGACAGGCGAGGCCCGCAACGCGUUUGUGCGGCGCCACGUCCGGACCGUGAGUGGCACGAGCUGCCAGACCACAUCUGCCAGCAGUGAUGGAGUCAUGGACGAAGACGAGGCUGACCGGACACCGUACUCCCCAGAGUCGGUCGUCCUGAAUCAAGAGCGCCCUACCUCCCAGCCUCGUCAGCCGGGAGGCCGCUUCCCAAGUGACGUGCAGAUCGACCGCAGCCUGCAGGCCCCACUAUCGCCGUCCAGCGGUGAGAGCUCCGGCGGCGAGAAGGAUCUGCUGGCUGCGGCGGGGUCGCUCACGGACAACGGCCCGUUCGGCGGUAGCAGUAGCCGUGUGAGCGAUCAACAACCGGGUGGUCCGCCGGGCCACUGGAUGGAUCACAACCGUCACAGCGGCCAGCUCGCCGGGUCAGCUAAUGAUCCCACUACACAACCCUCCGCCAUGAUCCCAGGACUCUCAUCCUCCGGCCUCGACAGCCCACCACACCGCAUCUCCUCCGACAGCAGACGCCCACCAUCCAUAACCAUGUCCGGCGCAGCAGGGGCAUCAAGAUCAAGCACCUCCCGCGAGCCCUCAUGGGGGCCCCAGCGCACCCGCGGCGAGAGCGCCUCCACAGCACCAACCAGCACCAACGCCACCGACUACACCCACUACACGCAUAACACGAUCCCAACCUCCGUCGACGAGAACAUGGACGAAUACCCCAGCGACGGCAAGCGAGCUCUCCUCGCUUCGCCCCCCAUCAUCGCGGACUCGUCCUCUGCGCACACUACCCCCGUCGACUGGGAACGGUCGACCCCCAAGGGCCUCGCUAAUGAUGAGUUUCCGCGUUCUGGGAAGGGCAGUGUGUCGGCUGUGGAGUUGAGGAUUCCAGGUCACUAUCCGCCGACUAAUAUUCCAGCUUAG